AUGAACACAGGAAUGAGAGCUGAUCUUACUUUUGACGACCGAAAUGAAAGAUUUGACCUAAGUAACUUAAUCCGCCAGCAAAACAAAUACAGAACUACCGCUUUUGAUCCGCAAGAAUCCGAAGAAUCAUUAUAUAGACGAAUGGGCGAUCAAAAUAUAGACUACAGAAGAAAAUCAAAACGCGGUGACUGGAAAAAAAGUAAAGCCAUUGUAAGAUCGCGGGAGAAAAUUUUUAAACAGAUGAAAAAGGAAAGGGAAGCCCAACUGAAUCGUUUACUCAAUGAAGCAUUACUUCAAAUACACUUAUCGAGGCGGAACAACGACUUCGCGUACCACGACGACAUGGAAAGUAACAGCCAAGACGUAGACGACUUCAACACUAAUUUAAACCGAUUCAAAUCUAGUGUUAAAGAAACCGCUGUGAAGAUUGAUGAUAUGGCAAACGUUUUACACGAUUUGAAGACUAGACGAAGUCUACCAACUAACGAUGAAAGAGUAUCAAUGCAUUACGCAUUUCCAAUUAAUUUAAAAGUAGAAGCGAUACUAUGUCCGAGCAAACAGAAACAAUCAAACCUAACGUUUGAAAUAUCAGAACUGAUUAAUCGUCUUUAUACUCCAAAACAAGGAUUGAACUUGUUAUACAAAACUAAAUACAUGAAUCCAGAGUUUAAAAAUAGUGAGGUAAAAACCAAAUAUUUACGUGAUGCAAGUGAAGAUAUAAAUGAUCCAAUCAUUGACAGAAUAUGUAAAAAGACGGGCUGCUCCUGUGGUAGAUCUAAACUUCUUUGCGACGCCCAAGAUGUUUUUGAUGCGGCUAGUGAUGUUGAAACUAUGAUAGAGGAUAUAAACACAAGUGUACUUAAAGAUAGCAAAGACGCAAAAAAUAACAAUGAUUUGCGAUGUGGAAUACAGGGGUGUAAGAAAGAGUGGCAAAGUGCUCCUAAUAAAAAAAACUUCGACGACUUAUUUACAACGGACGAUUUUACUAUCGAUAGUUCAGAACAGAACUCAGAGGAACAUACGCUUUUGGAAGCAGUUUUAUCCGAACUAAACGAGAUUACGAAUGACAAUGAGAUGCAUGAAGAAAAAAAUAAAUUAACGACAACUCGUCCUAAACCUUUAACUCCUGAAGACAUUUAUGACUACUAUAGAUCUGCAAUGGAACACUUAAGAAGUACGCUCAUGGGUUUUAUAAAAUACAGAACAGAAUUAAAAGUAGUAAAGAGCUUACCUAAAGAGGUGCGGACUAGAAUCCAAUCGAUAAGAGAAAAAUACAGACAUUUUAAAAUGUCUGACAAACAAUUAAAGAAGCAGAUUUUCAAAGUACUGUUAGACGACAUGCUCAAAAUCAAAAUAGUUCCCGACAAAGAUACUAAAGUGUCAUAUGAUGUAAUUCUUCCUGAUUGGAUGUAUUUGGCGGUACUAAAAAUGAAAGAAGGAAAGAGCUUAAGAACUGAGAAACGUUCGCCUCCAAAGAGAGUGUUGCCUUUAACAUCACAACAGAAGACUAGACUGCAGAAGAAGCAAGGGGCUAAGAAAAUAGAAAAAUUCGUAUGGAGAAGAAGUUUAAGCUCAGAUAUCGGUCAUUAUGGAGUUCCUUUUGUGUUAGACAUACAAGGAUUAGUGCAAAAAAGCAAACUUCAAGAAAACAGUGAAAAUAAUUUAGAUUAUGUUGAUAAUAUUUUGCGAGAUCUUCAAGGAAACAAUAAUAAUGAAAAUGCUAACAAGGUGGACACAUAUGAUGCUGACGAGAUGUGCAAGAAAUUUGGUAGGUGUGGUUGCAGCGGGCCAGGUCGUUGUGGUUGCAGCUCUACACGUUGUGGAAAAAAUGACGAAGAUACAUUGUUAGAUGACGUUAAUGCUCAGGUAGCAUCUGAUCUAAACGAUUACGGACUAAUAGACAAUCAAAAUAGUAAAGCUUCUUUUAACAAUAAAGAAAAACAAAAUAAUUUUAUACCGCGUAAUAAAAACAUUAAAGUUGUGAUAAUAGGACCUUCUAAUAUUAAAACCUUUCUGCAGUCAUUGAGAAUAGGUAACAAAGACGAAAACCCUGAGAAUCUUCUGGAAGCGGUUGUUUUUGAAAUAUUUGAAUUAGUUAGAGGUGAUAGUGAUGAAAAGCUACAACUCAAACGUUCCAGAAUAUCAUUUUCACCAAAGGAAAUAACAAAGUUUUACAACGAAUUUAGGGAACAAGCUAUUCAGCGAAUAUUUAAUUACGUAAAGAAUAUCCCACCGAAGAGGCCCUUACCGUUUUUAACACUAAAACCAAGAAGAGAGUUCAAAAGGCUUAAAAAAUUGUAUAGAGAGAGAAGAAUGAGUGAUCUCGAAUUAGAGCAGGAAAUAAUUAAUAUGUUACUUGGAAAAAAAGGAAAUAUGCGAUUGCUACCACAUAAAAAUAGAAAUAUGUAUGAAAUUGUUGUUCCCAAAUGGGUUUAUGUAGCGUUUUAUAAAAUGAGAAAGAAUCGUAAACAAGACAGAAAUUUAGAGAUAAAUGAAUGA